AUGCCGAGCCAAGGCUACGAAAGGGUCGCCGCCGACGACGACAACGACGACACCGACGGUGCACCCUCGCCCGUCCCCUCGCCCGUCCCCUCGCUCUCCGCCCAGCAGUGGCCGCCCGCCUCGCCGCCCCCGUCGUUCCGCUCGCGCGCCUCGUCGCCCACACCACGCCGCCUGCUCUCCGACGACCCCCCCGCACAGCCCCAAGACCGCACGCUCGCCGACACCUUCGACUCCGACUCGGACGACGACGACGACGAGGACGGCCGCGAUGACCGCCAGCGCCUGAUGCGGGGGAAUCCGCAGUCCGACGACGAUGCACCGCCACCCCCGGGCCUGCAGAGGAGAGUGACGGAGCUGCCCACCUUCAACACGCACGCACCGCCCACCGGGCGUGUCUACGGCGGAGGCAACGGUGGCGUCUGGGCGAGCCUGAGCGCGAAGCCCACUCGAGGCGAGGACGUCGAGGAGAAGCCUCCGACGUACGAACAAGCCGCUGCAGACGCAACGCCCCCCUACUGGGAGACGACCAUCCUCGCCCCCGGAACCUUUGGCGACGAGGUCUUUGUCCAGGGCCUUCCCGUCGGCUCGCUCUUCAGCUUCAUCUGGAACGCCAUGAUAUCCAUGUCCUUCCAGCUCGUCGGCUUCCUGCUCACCUACCUGCUCCACACCACCCACGCUGCAAAGAACGGAUCCCGCGCUGGUCUCGGCAUCACCCUCGUGCAGUUCGGCUUCGGCUUCCGCUCCGCAACCCUCAACCCUGGCGGCUCGAGCAACGACAACCCCGGCCAAGGCUUCGACGGCGGCGUCCCCAGCGACCCCAAUGCGCACGACUUCAACCCGGACGACGUGGCAAGCAGCGCAGGAGGUGCCGAUGCGCCCGCGAGCGCCACUGCGAGCGUGACGGGGAGCGACUGGCUGGCGUACGGGCUGAUGAUCGUGGGCUGGUUCAUCCUGAUCAAGAGCGUGAGCGACUUCAUCCGCGCGAGGCGGCACGAGCAGCUGGUGCUGCAGAGCCCCGACCGCGGGCUGGGCGUCGCCGUCAUUGCCGAGGGCGAGAGCCCCGAGCGGAGUGUAUAA